UAAGCAGUGAAACAAUGAGAGACUCCAAGAGAAAAGUAUCUUGCAGAAAGCUUGGAGGGUAUCUUAAAGAGCAGAAAGGAAGGCUAUACAUAAUCAGGAGAUGUGUAGUUAUGCUUCUUUGUUGGCAUGACUGAAAGCAUGCAGCACUAUGUUGAAGACUAUUUGUGUCGACUUAGCCUAUUUUUUUCCACUGAUACCACAAGUCUGAGGUAAAGCGAACACCAUUGCCGCCAC